AUGGCAACCUCCACCUUCCCUCCUCCUCCCGUCAGUUCCAUUGACUGGAACAAUGUCGGCUUUAAAGUCCGUGACGUAAACGGCCACGUAGAAUGCCACUUCUCUCACAGCCAAGGCGGCAAAUGGAGCGCUCCCAAAUUCGUCACCUCGCCCUACCUGCCCAUCCACGGCAUGGCCCCAGGCCUCAACUACGGCCAACAAGCCUACGAAGGUCUCAAGGCCUUCCGCCGCCCAGACGGCUCCAUCAGCGUGUUCCGCCCUGAUCGCAACGCCGUGCGCAUGCGUCACUCCGCCGAGUUCAUCUCCGUCCCGCCUAUCCCGGAGGACCUCUUCGUGGAGAGCGUGAAGCUCGCCGUCGGGGCGAAUGCAGAGUUCGUGCCGCCCCAUGAAACCGGCGCGGCGAUGUAUGUCCGGCCAUUGGUCUUCGGCUCUUCGGCACAGCUGGGUCUCUCCCCGCCCGACGAGUAUACAUUUGUGGUCUUUGUCAUGCCGACCGGUGUGUAUCACGGAGUGCAUGCCGUGGAUGCCCUGAUCCUGGAGGACUUUGAUCGCUCCGCUCCGGAGGGCACGGGAUCAGCCAAGGUGGGUGGAAACUAUGCGCCGGUCCUGCGGCACAGUGGACGGGCACACAGCGAGGGAUUCGGGAUCACACUGCAUCUGGACAGCCGCACAAGGUCGGAGAUUGAUGAAUUCUCGACGUCGGCGUUUAUCGGCGUGCGCAAGGAUGCCUCGGGCGCUGUGACGCUGGUGCAGCCGGAUAGUAAGAACGUCAUCGACUCGGUGACGGCAGCAUCCGUGUUGGAGAUCGGAGAGCGCGUGUUCGGAUUUAAGUCGGAGAGACGCCGCGUUCCCUAUGAGGAGCUGAAGGAGUUCAAGGAGGUCAUUGCUUGCGGCACGGCGGCUGCACUAGUGCCGAUCCGGAGCAUUACCAUGCGGUCGCGGGGCGAUCGCCUUACAUAUGACGCUGGGGAUGACGGAGAGAGCGGUGGAGAGGUGUGCGCGAAGCUCCUGCAGACGCUGAAGGGGAUCCAGGCGGGCAAGAUCGAAGACCAGUUUGGAUGGAACUUCUCCGUCGAGAGGCCGCCAGAGGGCUGGGCCACUGCUGGCAGCGAGAAGGAGUCAGAUGGUGCCAAUGUGCCAUAA